AUGUGUGUGUCUGUUUUCUAUCUACAGGCUGUCCAGGCCACUAUGAUCCUGUCCACAUUCUCUGCUGUGGGUUUCUUUGUGUUCAUCCUUCAGCUCUUCAGACUGAAACAAGGAGAGAGAUUUGUCUUUACAGCCAUCAUCCAGCUACUGGCUAGCCUGUGUGUGAUGAUCGGAGCGUCCAUCUACACUGCAGAGAGGCAGGGUUUUACGGAGGAGUCUCUGAAGGGAGGAUAUGGCUCAUCCUACGUCCUGGCCUGGAUCAGUUUCCCCAUGACGGUCAUCAGUGGACUCAUGUAUCUGGUGCUGAGGAAACGCAAAUAAAAACACUCGUAUCUCUACAAAGACACGAAACACAAUGAAAACGUCAACUAAAACAACCCGUAAGGAGAGAAGUGUUCAUUGUAACAGUCUAUUAGCUAAAUUAGCUAACUCUAAACAUGUUG